GUCAAUUGAUUUAUUCUUGGCAGUCUUCGGUUGUUUUUCGGUGCUGUUUUUUGACCUGGUGAAUAUCUUGGAGCUAUCCCUUCUCCGCCUCUAUAACAUCGCGAGUGACGGAUGUUCAGUAUUUGAUUCGAGUUCUUGAGUUUUUUUUCGAACUAUCUACUGGGGAUGUGCACUUUCCCUUCCGAUUUUGAGAAUCUUGUCAAUUUCGAUGACAACUUCUCCCUGGAGAAUACGGACAGUUGGACAUUGCGUCUUCCCGAAGUUAUCAACGAUGAAGAUGUGAGCGGGAAGUGCGCACCGGCUGAAAUUGUGUCUGACGCUGCUACCAACCGACAUGUGAGCGCUGAAACGAUUCUGGAGUCCGCCCUUCGCGUUGAUCAGAGGCCUAGAUGUGGUCACUUCAUGGUCUCAUCCGUCACUCCUCCGACGCCACCAAUUUCCCCCGGAGACCCUAGGGAUCAAAAUUCGCGUGCGGACUGGUUGUUGGAUGGCCAUUUUUUUGGCAUGCAUGGAGGUAGCGUAAUGGAUCAGUCUUCGAUGCCAUCGCUAACGAGAAAUGACUCGAACGCCACGAAGGAAUAUUUCGACAAUACUGGUCUGAUAUCGGAAGUAAUGCCGGGCCGAACUCGUCAGGUUCCAUUGAUCGUCAACGCACAGGAUGUUUUGAUUCGUGACGGCGAUGGAAACUUGUACAAAAUUCACAGUCAUCCAACGCAAACUGUACCCGAUGAUCAAAUUUCUAACGUCAUGCCGCAUAAUUCUCCUAUGUGGGGUCAGCAAGCGUUGCACCGCGACGCAUCAAGUCUGAGAAUCCAUCGAUUGAUUCGCCCGGCGGUUACCACUACGAUCACCGGAAGUGUCCCUGUAUCGGAAGGCUUGACAAAUGGACAGAAAGUUCUUCCCAACAAUUUGCGGAUGAAAGGUACCGCGCGAGUAAUUGGACAUCUAUCGGGGUCUCCGUCUCCGAGAUUUCUUCCCUUCAUACGGGAUAAGUCAUUAGCGCUAGGGAUCCAUAGAUCAAAACCUGGCAUGUUGAAAGAUAUUGAACCGAAAAAGGUUGUUAUCAAAACUUACAAAAGAAGCAGGAACAGCAAAGCUCCCAAGGAUGCAUCUGACGUGCGCAGUAACUUCGAUACUUCAGUAAGACCUCCGGCCACAUUUGAAAUCCAUACAAAUCAGGGAAGCACGAACCUUACCGAAAACUUAUGGUCGAACUCUGUGGAUUUAAAGCGUUUCGAUGACGGAAGUAGAACGAAAAUCGACCCAGUUGCAGCAAAUCCUUCGUUUGUCGUAUCACCGAGCUCAUCGUCGACCUGUGUUACGGAGAACCCGUAUCUUGAUAUUUCCGGACUGAAGCCACAAGAAUCUACGGAUGUGCUGAAGCACCGAAUCAUCGAAGAGCUUGAACAUUAUGAAGUUGAAGCAUCAAAGUUGCCCAGAUUUGACUCCUUCUGUUUUGACUUGGACGUCUUUGGACCGUGUGAAGAUGAUCAAGCGGAAGUCGAAGUAACUGGAAGGAGCAGCCGCGCUUCACGAAAUAAUGCGCGCCGCAACGUUGGGAUGAAAAUACCAAAGAUGCCAUCGUGCACCACGACAAUUGAUCUCGAUCCAAUCGUCAAGAUCUGUUGUGAAAAUUACCUCGGCGAGCUUGUUUUCUGUUCAGGAUGCGGUGCCAUUUCAGAUUCGGUGGCGCUCCGUGUUCGCAUGCGACAAGAUUAUGGUCUCACCACGACGGCAACGGGUGCAUUAAGUCAAGGCUGUUGUGUGGCGAGGGAGUUUCGGGAUUGCGUCUGUUAUGUGAAAGCUAUCUUGAGAUCGAGGUACAGUUUCGGUAGUAAGCUCGCUCAUAAUUCUUCGAGCGAAUUGGACGCGAUGUCGCUUCGCCGUUUGGCGUCCAACUUGUUCCUGCAUGGUCGUCAGUGGGUUGUUCAACGGGCCUACAAUUUUUCGCACUUCAAGCCGAAAGCGUUCUGUAGAACGUUCAUUACGAAUUCUGAGGCAGGAUCGACUCUUCCGGGGGCCGCUGGGCGAAGUUUUUCGGGAUGGUCGUCUCAGGCACGUGCAUCAUUUGUCAAUGGGCUCAUCCGGAGCACGUUGGUCUCCGAUGCAAGUAAUGCCGGGAAAUCGAGUUUCUCGAGUGAAUUUCGGCGCCACGUUGCCCGCCGGUUGAUGAGUCGGGAUUCUCGCGAGACUCGCAGUCCAGGUUUCACUCGUGCUCCGUUUCUCGGUUUAGUAGGUCUUGGUUUGGCUGCUGAUGAGAACGGAAUAAUUUUUACGCAAGAGGAAGAAUAUCGCGUUCUCUGCGAUAAACUGGGGGAUGUCGUGAGCAAGAUCACUUGGAUAUGGGAUUCCAAUCGAAGUGAUCCCAUUGUUCAGAAAUUAAAAGCGGAGAAUGUAAAUCUUCGUGCGUCGGACCUGAUUUUUGGCCCGAUGUUGGGGAAAGGGGCGAACGCAGCUGUUCAUGCGGCUUCUUGGUCAGAUUUGAGUGGGCUCUUCGGUGAAGUAGAAGAAGGCCCGUGUACAAAACGUUUGCGUCGAGGAUCGACAUCUAAUUAUUCUUCGCUCAUGUCGCCAUCACCAAUCGCCGAAGUUGAAGGGGAGAGGACAAAUUUCCCAUUAGCUGUAAAAGUAAUGUUCAAUUAUGACAUUUUAUCGGAUGCUGCAAUCAUCAUGCGUUCAAUGAGGAGAGAAACCGUGCCGUGCUUGUCCGUUUGUCUUGAAGGCACUUUUGGGAGAGACCAUUGGAACAGAACGACUGGUUGUUUGCCUCCUCAUCCAAACAUCGCCUUGUACUACAAUGCAUUUGUUGACACAGUAGACGCAUUUCCGGGGAGCAAAGAGCACUACGGAGCGGCUUUGCCGUCACGUUUGAACACCGGGGGAUUGGGAAGAAAUAUGUCGAUGUUUCUCGUCAUGAAACGUUAUGACAUGUCCUUGCAAGAAUAUUUGCAUCGAUGCAACAACCAACUUACCGUUGAUACAAAAAUUGGGAUUCUGGCUCAGAUUUUGGAGGGAAUCACUCACCUGGGGUAUCACAGUAUUGCGCAUAGGGAUUUGAAGAGCGAUAACAUCCUUGUGAUUCUUGGGGUUGGUAACGUGAGUCAGCGUCCGCAAGUCGUCCUGUCGGAUUUUGGGUGCUGCUUGGACGAUCCCAGCUUGAAAAUGGCCCUUCCCUUCUGCACCUACGAUACUGAUAGAGGGGGAAACCGAGCUUUAAUGGCACCUGAGGUUGUGAACGCUGUGCCGGGUUUGUUAACGAAGAUUGAUUAUUCGAAAGCUGAUGUUUGGGCUGCUGGAGCUGUUGCUUACGAAAUUUUUGGCACCGGGAAUCCCUUCAACUGCGAAAAUCCUUUGGAUAGUGCUAGUUACCACGAAGAAGAUUUGCCAAGCCUAACUGUCAACUCUGCUGUCAUGCAGCGUCUGGUAAAAAGCAUGCUUUCUCGGAAUUUCAGGGAGAGAAUUAGUGCUGCUGUUGCGGCCAACGUUUGCCAUAUUCUCAUGUGGGGUCCAAAGUCUUGGCUUGGCGGGAAAGCUGACGGUGAAGGACUAAACGUUUCCAUGAUGUCGUGGAUAAUCGAUAUGACGACGAAAGUUAUUUGGGAGGCUCGAGACGGCAAUUUGCAUACCGAUGACGAAAUUUUGCAAAACGAUUUUUUGCUCGUGUCCACGUUUCUUUCUCGAAUGAACUAUUUUGAAUUGGAUGCCGCCGUUCGGGCUGAUUUCGCAAUCCUCGUGCAACGAGGAAGACGUGAAUCGGAUCCGAUGCACAUCAUUGCCUAUCGUUUAACUUGUGGUGCCUUAGAAGCAAACUUUUUUGAAGCGCCAUUUUGUCUUGAAUGCUUGAAAGGUAUCAAUGGGGUUAGUAUGUCUGAUGUCAUGGAUUUCCACGAGUUUCAGGCGCUUCUUCAUGACGCUCAUAUGAUCAAAAUGCGACCGGAAUUCCCGAACCAAGUUGUGUAUGGCGGAUGCUCCACUGCCUUCGUCAUUGUACUUCUCGUGUCUGGAGGUUCUUUGCGCAUUGUUCUGGAAACCUAG